UUUUGUUUACUGUUGUCAGGCAAUGAGAGACCUCAAGAAGACUUGUUGCGAUUGAAUAUUAGUUUGUAUUUCGAAGGCUGGCUUGCUACAAAGUUGCCCAACUACGUGGUGUCUCCCGUGUUCCCUCCGGAUUGCGUCCGAAUUUACACGAACCAGGAUGGCAGCGGCUAAGCAACCAAAAGAAAAGCACCCGGUGGAUAUUGUUCAUCAGAACGCAAUUCACGUCGAGACCAUAAAGAAGGAGAAUAGGAGUCAACGAUUGUACACGCUAUUUAGCAUAAACCCGUACAAAAGAGUUCAUGUUUUGACUGACAAGCCUAUGGCCAGCCCCACCCACGACAACAUAGAGGAGGAUCCUGCUUUCCUGAAGAUCAUCCACAGGGCUUGUUUGGAACCAACCAAGAAAUACACUCACCCCCAAACGGAGAGCCAAGAGAUAGGCUGGACAUCCAGACCUCUGAUUGUUUCAGAUCGCAGUGAUAGGAGACUGAACUGGCCACGGCAGAACUCUGAGAUCACCAAGUACAUGGAUGCAACAUGGCGUCUGAAAGAACAGACACAGAACUUGGGCUAGAUCUCCGGCCUACUACAAGCCUCAAUUUGGAUAAACUACUGGAUCAUUGGCCUCUUUGCUGGAUAUCGAUUGAGAAAUAUUAAAUGGAAACAUGGCUAUGACAAAUAUUGCUUUACUGUCCCAAGCAAACAACUGUUUGCAGACCGACCUACUGUAUAAUGUCAAACACCAUAACGUCAUUCAGAACAUAAAUAUUGAACUAGUACAAAUCAUUUGUCAAAAAGAAACAGGAGCAGGAAUAGCCUGGUCCCAGGUCUGUUUGUGCCCUUGCCAUCUCCAUUGUGGUCAUUAAUGUCAAGCCAAACAUGACACCACAUGACAAUGAGUGACAAGGAGUUUGUAUCAUACCACAGAAAGGCACUCGAAUCAAAUUUUAUUUUUCACAUGCACUGAAUACAACAGGUGUAGGUAGACCUUACCAUGAAAUGCUUACUUUACAAGCCCUUUACCAACAAUGCAGUUCAAGAAAGCUUUAAGAAAAUCUUAACUAAAUAAACUAAAGUUAAAAAAAAAAAAAUUAAUCAAGAAACGUACAUAAUGGCAAGGCUAUAUACAGGGGGUAUGCAUCGUUAAUAGACAGUGAGUAGCAACAGUGUAAAAACAAAUAUAAAUGGUCUGGGGUAGUAUUUGAUUUUUUGUUCAGCAAUCGUAUGGCUUAGGGGUAGAAGCUGUGAAGGAACCUUAUGGUCCUAGACUUGCCGCUCUGGUACCGCUUGCCGUGCGGUAGUCUAUGACUGGAGGCUGAACAUUUUGGGGGAUUUCCUCCGACACCGCCUAGUAUAUAGGUCCUGGAUGUCAGGAAGCUUGGGCCCAGUGAUGUUCUGGGCCUUACGGUCAGAUGCCGAGCAGUUGCCAUACCAGGCGGUGAUGCAACCCGUCAGGAUGCUCUCGC